AUGCGUAUCGAGAAAUGUUAUUUUUGCUCAACGAGCGUGUAUCCUGGGCACGGAAGUGCCUUUGUCCGCAAUGAUUCAAAAGUAUUCCGGUUUUGCACUUCAAAAUGUCACAAAAACUUCAAGAAACGAAAUCCUCGAAAAGUAAGAUGGACAAAGGCUUUCCGUAAAGCAGCAGGGAAGGAAAUGACGAUUGACUCUACGAUCGACUUUGAGAAGCGUAGAAACGUACCUGUCCGCUACGAUCGCGAAUUGAUACAUACGACGAUCAACGCCAUGAAACGCAUCGGACAGAUUAAGCAGCGGAGAGAGCAUGCAUUCUGGAAGCAAAGAAUGUCGGUUGCUCGGGAGAAACAACGCGCGCACAGGACAAAGAAGUUGGCUGCCAAGUCGGUGUCCGUCAAACUGCUCGAACCUACUGCAAUGGAGGAAACCGUUGAAGUACUAGAAAAAAUUAAAGUGCCAGCGAAAAGCGGAAGUGCCCUUAUAAGAGGGGAAGGGCGCUCGAUGGACAUGGAUUUUAGCUAA